AUGCUUUGCUCCUUACUUUUUGCGCUCUUCCUGACCUAUUCCGAUGUCGCUAAAGCCCAAAACGACCUAUCUACAUGCUCAGCUACGAGCCCCUGCUACCAAGGAUGCUGCAGCUCGAGUGGAAACUGUGGGUUCGGUCCAGAAUUCUGUGGGACCGGGUGCAAGAGCAACUGCGAUGCUAAAGCAGAAUGUGGACAAUAUGCCCCGCCUGAGACAAAAGAUUGCCCGCUCAAUGUCUGCUGCAGUCAAUAUGGCUACUGUGGCACGACUGACGAUUUCUGCGGAGACGGCUGCCAGAAAACUGGUCUCGGAAACUUUUGCGGACAGCCUAGAAUUCCAUCAUGCCCACAGAACACGGAUGCCAUGACGUAUGAGCGUCGUAUCGGAUACUAUGAGCUGUUCAAUCUGGACGAUCGUCCCUGCGACAGAGUUUACCCUGAAGACCUUGAAUUGGCGCCCCUCACGCACAUCAAUCUCGCCUUUGUAUUGUUCGAUAGCUCUUUCAACCUUAUCGACGACGUUGGGGGCUUGAUAUCGCGUGUGACUUUUCUGAAAAGUCGCCACCUCAAUCUGAGGGUGAACAUUGCUGUUGGGGGAUGGUCUUUUAACGACCCUCCGACCCAAAAUUUGUUCUCGGAUAUGGUAAGCGGCUACCACAAGCGGCAGACUUUCAUCAAUUCUCUAGUGUCAUUCUUGCAAAAAUACGGACUCGAUGGUGUCGAUAUCGACUGGGAGUAUCCUGCGGCACCUGACCGAGGUGGUUCCCGAGCAGACACGAAAAACUACGUUUUUCUCAUGUCCGAGAUUCGAGAUGCUUUUCAGCAAGCAAACGCUGGAUGGCAGGCCACCAUUACGCUUCCAACGAGCUACUGGUAUUUGCGAGGUUUUGAUAUCUCCGGCCUUCAAAAAUACGUGUCGUGGUUCAACGUAAUGUCUUACGAUCUGCAUGGUAUGUGGGACCAGCACAACAAGUACACGGGUCCGUACAUAGAGGGCCAUACCAACAUCACUGAAAUUGACGAGGGUCUGAAAUUGCUUUGGCGUAACGAUAUUGAUCCCGCAAAGCUUGUUAUAGGGUUCGCAUUCUACGGAAGAUCAUACACCUUGAACGAUGCAUCUUGCUUUCAACCCGGUUGCACAUUCUCGACUUCCGGUCUUCCAGGGACAUGCACAAACACCGGGGGCAUCUUGUCUUACAGUGAGGUCAGCUCUCGAAACAACUCACUUAGCACGCAAACAUACUACGACCAAACCUCGACUGUCAAAUACAACGUGUACGACGGCAACCAGUGGAUCUCCUACGAUGACGAGCAAUCCUUUUUCGACAAGAAGAAGUUCCUUUCCCUGAGAUGCCUCACCGGCUUGAUGAUAUGGGCACUCGAUCAAGAUACACAAGGCCACGACGCUCUGGAGGGACUUCUUGGUGACUUUUCCUCCAGUCAACUAGAAGGUGGCAAUCUAGAUGACCAAACUGCGACUGCGUUAUCCUUGGCGUUUGGUGCUUACACUGGACAGAAUUGUUUCGUCACGCCGACAUGCACCGAUGGCUCAGAUGGUCAGAAGCAACAUGACCAGGUCUGCCCAUCUGGGACUUCUGCCGUUUCAACUGCGCAUGCUCCGCUUCAAGCUCCUGGCUUUCAACUCAACGGUGACUGCUCGACAGGUUGGUAUCGCUUCAUCUGCUGUCCCAUCAACUCGAUGCCAAAGAAUUGUGAAUGGAGUGGCGCGCCUGUUAGCGGUGAAUUUGGAUGCAGUGGCUCUUGUGGCGACAGCCAAUAUCUUUUGAACACCGACACCUACAUCGGCUACAAAGGGAAAGGAAGCUGCUACACCGGUAACCGUGCUCUAUGUUGCGACUCGACAGAGGUCAUUGAUGAUUGCUUCUGGACGGCUUGUCAAGGCCCAUUAAGUCCCAGUACUCUCGCCUCUUGUGGUCCAGAUGAUUUCGAAUACCAAACCUAUCGAUAUGAUCAAGACAACGGUGACUGGUGCUCUUCCUCUUACAUAUCUCCGCUGGACGGUUCUACUGGGUCGACAUUGCGUGAUCGCUUCAAACGAGCGUUCUGUUGUCCCAAAAGAAAAGGAUUCAGUCACUGCAAUUGGUCGAACAACCCACAGCCAGUCCAAAUCGGCGGUAGCGCACCGUUUGAUCCGGAGCUAAUUUGUGAGCCACAGCAGUGCUCAAAUAAGCAGACUCAGGUCACGCAAGCAAAAGAACCGCCGAUCCCCGGCGCAAUCAAUCCGACAAACACGGGCAUUGACUGCAACGGUGUCGCAAUCCCCCCGGGCUUCAGCCAAGAUUAUCCCUAUUGUUGUGAUCCACCAAGCGUCUACAGCGACAAGUGGCCAGUGGAUCCAAAAUAUCUCUUUGAACAUUACUACGAUACUCCUCAAGAUGAUGUGUUGUGGGAUUACGAUGAAGAAUACCGGAACAAUAACUUGGAUUGGUCCCAAGCUCCUGGGAGCGACAAACCGGAUGAUGAUGCUUACGGAUUUGUUAUGCUGGAUGGGCCACCGGGAUCGCUCGACAACGACUUUCCGACGAGCCAAACGAUCGCGAGACGUCAAGUGGAGACUCGCAAGACCAGAUCGAUGCUGACGACCAACCGAACCAUGAUUGGCUCUACAUUUGAUCACUCAGAGGAAACUGUUUAUAUCUACUGCAACUACAAACAAACUUCGCCCGAAUGUCGAAGGUUAUGGUUGAAUGGAGCUCCAGACACCAUCAUCCGACUCCCUUCCGAUUUGGGAGAAGGCCCAUAUGCCCGAGUGGUAUCACUUGGCCUGGCCGAGCCAGAAUUCGAUCUCCCAAGGCACCAUGUUCAAGCUCGAUCGCUUACAGGAAACGUGAGUCCCGUCUAUAAGCUGACUUUUGACUACAACUUCCAUCUCAUCAAGAGAGAUGAGACUGUUAACAUGCGCGUCGACUUCACCAACCUUGUCGGGUAUUGGGACGAGUUGACAGAUGCACCCGGACGAAAACAGAAAAGACGCCAAACCCACCAAGAGCAUAUGUCUAAGGAAGAGUGGCGCUCCAAGAUCUCCCAGGCAAAGUCGAGGCAUGAGAAGCUGCGCAAACGAGGUCUCGCAACCAAGGCUCUUAGGACAUCGAAGGAUAUGGGCCAAGGUGGGAACAAGCUCGACCAGAGAUGGUUUGGCGCGUUUCUCGACUGGCUGGGUCGUUUGAACACGGUAGAAAGCAAAAAUCUGGGUUGGCUCAGUAUGGCAGUUCAGCAAAGUAUUCUGCUAUUCAAGGCGGCUUACGGAUGCCCCGGUCAGACUUUCUCUGCUGACAUGCAGAUGUAUCUGGAUGCAAACGUCGAAAUGGAUGCUACCUAUGCUUAUUAUUUUUCUGGCACUAUCGUUCCACCAGCCGUUACUGGCACUUACGCAUACUUGAGCCUUGAGCCUAGCGCGUAUUUGGGUCUUCGAAUCGUUGGAAACGCCAGGCUCCAGGCUACGACAGGCCGCAAGAAGAUCUUGGACACUGUAUCGUAUCCAGGGCUCUCUAUAAAAGGCAUAGCUGCAGUUGGACCAACGUUGGACUUAUAUGGCGAAGUGAGUGACUGUCCAACCCUUAUCGCGUUAAUGGGCAUGCUUAACACAAACCUCGGAUCCGGGGCGUCAUUACGCUGA